AUGCGCCCAUUUGGCAAUGAUAUUACAAACAUCGCGAAUAACAAUGGUGCCGGAAACAACGAGGAUCGUUCAAAUGGCAAUGAUAACAGCUCCAACAACAGAGACAGCGGUAAUUUGGAAUCCUCAAGCAACGAAGCAACACUGGACACUGAGUCAGACUCACGCAUACCACCGCACAUAGCCAGAAUAGGCGGCAUAGUAACUUUCUCGCCAAUCGCCGGACGUGGAGUAAUACGAGUGGUACGUCGCUGUGAGGAUGCUAAGGAAAAUCACAAGCUAGAUCUAUCACAAUGUGAAUUGAUGCAAAUACCAGAUGCAGUUUAUCAUCUAAUGCGCAAUACGGAACUACAGACAUGCGAUUUAAGCGGAAAUGUGCUGAAGAAAGUCACUCCAAAGUUUGCGCUGAAAUUUAGCGCUAUUACAGAUUUAAAUCUUUCACAUAAUCAACUUUCAAGGCUGCCAGAUGAAUUCGCUAAUCUUUCUGCGUUAACGACUCUUAACAUUUCUCACAAUUCAUUUAUUGUUUUACCUCAAGUUGUCUUUAAGCUCCAAAAGCUUGCAACUUUGGAUGUUCAACAUAAUGCCAUUUUGGAAAUCGAUACUGAAGAUGCAAUUACCAGCGACUGCUUGGCUGUAGUAGAUCUGCGUAACAAUCCAUUGAGCAGAAACUGUCGUCGCAAGUUGCAAGAUUUCAAAACAAGUUUUCGCCUAGAAAUUUCAGAUGAGGUCGAAGAUGAUUGGUAGAGCUGGACAACUUUUAAUAAAUGCAUCGAUACUUUGCCAUGUAUUUUCUGUAAUCUGCAAUGUUGUUUAUACAUUUAAUUUAUUGUGUUUUUUUUUUACAUAAACUGUAUAAUCAGUCAUGAUCCUGUUUUCACUUA